UAGGUUGUUUCUACUAAGUACGUCCUUUCUUUCUAAGAAUUUCUUGGUUGAUAUUGGACGGCUGCCCGGCUGGAGCUCACAUGUUUGUGCCCAGGUUCUGCCCCCCCCCCCCCCCCCCCCCCGCGGGACUGCAGAAACCCAGCGAGUCGAGUGGACUGACGGUGGCGACAGACAAGGUUGCGGAAAAGCUGAGUUCUACUCUCUCAUGGGUGAAGAACACAGUAUCAUACACAGUCAAUCAGAUGGCCAGUCAGGUGGCAAGUCCAUCUACUUCAUUACACACUACAUCCUCAUCUACCACAUUAUCAACGCCAGCCCUUUCACCAUCUUCCCCGUCACAGCUGAGUCCAGACGACUUAGAACUCCUGGCUAAACUGGAGGAACAAAAUAGAUUGUUAGAGACGGAUAGUAAGUCUUUGAAAUCUGUAAAUGGGUCAAGAAGAAACAGUGGCUCCUCCCUUAUAUCAAGUUCAUCAGCCUCUAGCAACCUCAGUCACCUUGAAGAAGAUUCUUGGAUACUUUGGGGAAGACUUGUUAAUGAAUGGGAAGAUGUGCACAAAAAGAAGGAAAAACACAUUAAGGAACUUGUUCGUAAAGGGAUACCUCACCAUUUUAGAGCAAUAGUUUGGCAACUUUUAUGCAGUGCACAGAGUAUGCCAAUCAAGGAUCAAUAUGCAGAACUCCUGAAAAUGACUUCACCUUGUGAAAAAUUGAUCCGAAGGGACAUUGCUAGAACUUAUCCCGAACACAAUUUUUUUAAGGAAAAAGAUAGCUUUGGACAGGAGGUUUUAUUUAAUGUAAUGAAGGCAUAUUCUUUAGUGGAUCGUGAGGUUGGUUACUGUCAAGGAAGUGCUUUUAUAGUUGGACUGCUGCUUAUGCAGAUGCCAGAAGAAGAAGCCUUCUGUGUAUUUGUUAAAUUAAUGCAAGAUUAUAGACUUCGUGAACUUUUUAAACCAAGUAUGGCAGAAUUGGGCCUUUGUAUGUACCAGUUUGAAUGCAUGAUUCAGGAACAUCUUCCAGAGCUCUUUGUACAUUUUCAGUCUCAGAGUUUUCAUACCUCAAUGUAUGCAUCAUCCUGGUUUCUGACUAUCUUUCUUACGACUUUUCCACUACCAAUUGCAACAAGGAUAUUUGAUAUCUUUAUGUCUGAGGGUUUAGAGAUAGUGUUUCGAGUAGGAUUAGCACUUCUUCAAAUGAAUCAGACAGAACUGAUGCAACUCGACAUGGAAGGGAUGUUACAACACUUUCAGAAGGUCAUUCCACAUCAGUUUGAUGGAGGUCCAGACAAAUUAAUUCAGGCAGCUUACCAAGUCAAGUAUAACUCAAAAAAAAUGAAAAAGCUUGAAAAGGAAUACACUACAAUAAAAACUAAAGAAAUGGAAGAGCAAGUUGAAAUUAAAAGGUUACGCACAGAAAAUAGGCUUUUAAAACAACGCAUUGAAACAUUAGAAAAAGAAAGUGCUUCCUUGGCAGAUAGAUUGAUACAGGGACAAGUGACAAGAGCCCAGGAGGCUGAGGAAAACUACCUCGUAAAACGGGAACUGGCCACCAUCAAACAGCAGAGUGAUGAGGCCAGUGCUAAGCUGGAGCAGGCUGAAAAUACCAUCAGGAAGCUCCAGCACCAGCCGCAAUGGCAUAAAUGCAGUUCCAGCUACAGUGAAGAUUUUGUGCUACAGCUAGAGAAGGAAUUGGUUCAGGCCCGUCUGAGGGAAGCCGAGGCUCAGUGUGCACUAAAGGAGAUGCAGGAUAAAGUCCUGGAUAUGGAGAAGAGAAACAACUCCUUUCCUGAUGAGAAUAACAUUGCAAGGCUUCAGGAAGAACUCAUUGCUGUGAAACUGAGAGAAGCAGAAGCUAUUAUGGGUUUGAAAGAACUUAGACAACAAGUCAGAGAUUUAGAGGAACACUGGCAGCGCCACUUAGCUCGUACUACUGGGAGAUGGAAAGACUCACCUAAGAAAAAUACUGUGAAUGAGUUACAAGAUGAAUUGAUGACCAUUCGACUUAGAGAAGCAGAAACACAGGCAGAAAUAAGAGAAAUAAAACAAAGGAUGAUGGAAAUGGAAACACAGAACCAGAUCAAUAGUAACCAUCUUCGAAGAGCAGAACAAGAGGUGGUCAGUCUACAGGAGAAGGUGCAGUAUCUUUCUGCGCAGAACAAAGGACUGCUUACUCAAUUAAGUGAAGCAAAACGCAAACAAGCAGAGAUUGAAUGCAAGAACAAGGAAGAAGUGAUGGCCGUGAGACUGCGGGAAGCAGAUAGCAUAGCUGCUGUGGCUGAACUGCAGCAGCACAUCGCUGAGCUUGAAAUCCAGAAAGAAGAAGGAAAGCUUCAAGGACAGCUUAACAAGUCUGAUUCUAACCAGUAUAUUAGGGAACUGAAAGAUCAGAUAGCAGAGCUGAAUCAUGAGCUCAGAUGCCUCAAAGGCCAGAGGGGCUUCUUGGGCCAACCCCCUUUUGAUGGAAUCCACAUUGUCAACCACUUAAUAGGAGAUGAUGACUCAUCCCAUUCCUCUGAUGAAGAUCUCAUAGAGAAUUCCUUGCAGGAGAGUGGCAUUGGUUUUCCUUUGCACAGAAAGUCUGGCGCGAUGUCUUUAGACCCCACUGUGGCAGAUGGUAGUGAAAGCGAAACAGAAGACAGUGUGAUGGAGACCAGAGAGGGCAAUCAAGUGGAUCAAAAGGAACAGCCCCCAAGAAAGAGAGAAUCGUACUCAACCACUGUCUGACCAUCACUGUGAACUAGACUGGAUUUUUUUAAAGGAUCAGUUAUAUGAUUAAGGGUUUUUGGGGACAUAUCUGUUUCAUAUGUACAUAUAUAUAUUUUUCAAUCUUAUCUGCCUUUUGAUCUUUGCCAAACCGUCACCACUGACUGACCAUUGCCAUAAAGUAGACUGGACUAUGGUUAAUGUGAAAAAUAAGGUUCUAGCAGUAUUACUGAAUCUUAAUGUUUCUUGUGUAGAAAAUGUAAUUAUAUCUAUAUGUGGAAACCAUUUUGAAGUUCUGAACUAUGGGAAAUUUAAUUUUCUUCAGACAAAACUGCUCUUGUGCAAUAUUUUAUGCUUAGUAAACAAAUUGUAUAUUUAUGUUUAUCAAUUUGUUUUCAGGGCAGCUGUCUACAAACAUUUGACCAAGACACACAUCAGAUUUAUCUUAUGCUUUGUGUUUGAGGGAAUUUUCCCCCCAAUUGAAAUUACUGCUUUAUUAGUAGACCACCGAAAGUUCCCAAACACAGUGUCUUUUUCCCAUAUAAUGUUUUACAUACAAAUUAAGGUUAACUGUCUUGAGAGUUUUAAGUUCCGUUUGAAUUUCUAAUUUUUAUGUGCAUAUCAUAUGAUACUUCCAUAUAUUGCUUAUUAUCCAGCGCAGUAAGUUAACUACAAAUAUAUUGUUUUUUGUACAUAAUUUAUAAAUCUGCAUCACCCAACAUUGAACAUCAUUUUAUAUGGAGAAUGUACAUGUUGCAAAGUGACUACCUUCAGCAUUCUAACAGGACUUCUGUAAAUACAAAGUUAAAAGGAAAUUGAAAAUAAAACCAAACACUAAUAUUUUAA